AUGUCUACUACAUACAAGAUCUUUUUCACCAACUACUCCGGGUUCAACAACAACUUUGCCUUCUUCAGUGCCACUCCCAUCGUUACCAACAACGGCGGCAGUCCUGUCUACGGCAACAUCAUCGCAAGCCAGUAUGUCCCGGCUGAUAGUGGCGAUACCACCUUCGAAAUCGACGUAACUCAAACCUACUAUGUUUGGACAAGCAUCUCGCCUGUUGCUACCAAGGAUCUACCGGGCUCGAAUGUUGUCACAAAGAUCAGCAACUCGAAGCUCGCAACGCUGGGAAAAUCUGGCUCGCCAGGAAGCACCUUCAAGCUGGUGAACAGUGGCGGCAACCCUACCUUCGAUGGCAAUGCGACCACGUACCAAGCUCCCGACGGAACAUACCAAAUUGCUUCUGACCCCGGUGCUUUCCUACCGGACCAGAAUUUUAUUUGCGGUCUAGGUUCUGUCGAUAGCAAUGGUCAAAGAAUCCCCGUUGCGACGUUCGCUGCGCAACCUAACACGGUUGCAACCAUCGCGCCCGUAGUCAAGUUCUACAUUGCUCAGUACGGAUCUCAGCAGGGUACUGUGAUCAACGUGUCCAUCUUGUCUAACAAGGCCGCCGAAAUCGACUUCACCGGCAAGGGAGUCCAUGCGGCGUUUGUCAAGCAGCUGUCUGGAGGCGGCUGGGAGGUCAAGUACGGCACUGCCGCGGCAAUGCUCGAGGCAUCCCAAGCCUUCACCGCUAAGCAAAAGAGGUCGCUGCUGAAUGCUCGACAGCAAGACAUUGCCAAACUCAUGGGACUUCUGCAGGCGAACUUGGAGUCCAAUGACGUUGACGAUCGUUACUUGUGCUCGUUCAAGUGGGCUAACGGAACUUCAACUGAAGAUAAGGGCGCUGCAGUCACCGGUUUGGUAGCCGCAAUGACUGGGCACGGAUACCAUGUUCUCACCGAACCAUCGAGCCCCAACUAUGAUCCUGCCAACUUUGGCAUCUCGGCGGUCGGAUCUCCGACUACAAUUGCUAAUAACUGGACGCAGGCUGUCAAUGCACUGGGUGCUAUUGCUUCUGACCCCAAGACCAUCAAUGCCAACCUUGUCGACCAGUAA